AUGGCGGCAAAGGCAGCGAGACCGCCAAGGUCAUCAUGGCCGACCCUUCUGGUCAAGCCGAGGUCGCCCAUCGCCGCCGCACGGCCUCUUCCUUCGGCGACGACACAGAACCGCUCCGGUGAUGGACAUGCUCGGCGGCCGACAUCACAGCCUUCAAAAGCUUUCGUACCUCCUUCGCAUCAUGUCUCACGACUGCAAAGCAUCCAUCGCGAUCUACUCCGUCUGGACCACUCUCGAACACAGCUGCUUACGGGUCUGCACACCAACAUGGCACCCACCGCAGUCUCUCCGCGCGCCCCACCUGCGCAGAUCGCCAAAAAGAUCGAGCGUCCUUCGAAGGCGGCCGUGUCGAAAGCAGAGCAGGUCAAGUUUGCGACAUACGACGUCACCGACCAGGUCUUCUACCGCUCGGCGGACAAGUCUUGCUAUGCCAUCGUCAAUCUCAAGCCCAUCGUACCAGGGCAUAUCUUAGUGGUGCCCACCGAGCCGUAUCACCGGCUCUCGCAGGUGCCGCCACAAGUCAUCGCAUCGCUUUUCCAGAGCGUACAGGAGAUCUCUCGCGGAUUGGAAAAGGUGUUUGAAGCGGAUGCUGUCACUGUCAGCGUCCAAGACGGCGAAGCGGCCGGCCAGACCGUGCCCCACCUUCACGUACACGUCCUCCCCCGCAAGCAGGGCGACAUCACGCCGAACGACCUCGUGUACGAGCACCUGGAACAAUGGGGUUUUGAUAUCGCCAAGCUGCUCAAGCAAACCGACGAGGCCGAGUCAAAGUUCAAGGUGGAUGCGGAUGAGGACAGGAAGCCGCGGUCGAAGGAGGCCAUGCGACAAGAGGCGAGCUUCCUCGGCUCCAUCUUCACAGCGGACGGAAAGUUCGACGCGAGCCGAGUGGACGGCGUGCGAUCGAAGGCAGCCAAGCGUGCCGCCACCACCGCUGCGCCCGUCCAGCAGAAGCGUCAGCGUAUGGAUCGUCUCCCUGUCACUCUGCUCAGCGGAUUCCUGGGCGCCGGCAAGACCACGCUGCUCGAGCACAUCCUCACGUCGCGCGACCACGGACUGCGCGUGGCGGUGGUGGUCAACGACAUGGGAGCGCUCAACAUCGAUGCGUCUCUACUCUCCAACCACCGCGUGACGCAGGCGGAGGAGAAGGUGGUGCAGAUGCAGAACGGCUGCAUCUGCUGCACGCUGCGCGGUGAUCUUCUGGAAGAGGUGGCGGCGCUGGCGGCAAACCGCGAGAUCGACUACCUGGUGAUCGAGAGCACGGGUAUCUCGGAGCCCAUGCAGGUGGCCGAGACGUUCUCAGAGGAGUUUGCCGACAUGUACGUGCAGAUGGCCGACGAUCUCGAGGCCGAGAUGCGCACGAGCCCGCAGGCGAGCAAAGAGAACCAGAAGGUGGCGGAGAUCCUGAAGCAGGGCGGCCUGCCUGCGGUGGCGCGCCUCGACACGUGCGUGACGGUGGUGGACGCGGUGAACCUGUUCAACGACUUUAACACAACCGAGUUCCUCGUGGACCGCCACAAGGACGACCACGACGUGCCCGAGGAGGACGACCGCAACAUUAGCGACCUGCAAACCGACCAGCUCGAGUUUGCCGAUGUGAUCCUCAUCAACAAAUGCGACCUGGUGCGCGAGGAGGAGGUGGAGCGCAUCCGUGCUUUCAUCCGCCUGCUCAACCCCGAGGCCAAGAUCAUCGCGACCACCAAGAGUCGUGUGGAUCUCGAGCAGAUCCUCAACACGGGUCUGUUUAGCUACGAGAAGGCGGCGCUCGGUGCGGGGUGGCUGAAGAGUCUCAACGAAGAGAUCAAGCCCGAGACGGACGAGUACGGGAUUGGCAGCUUUGUGUACCGCGCACGUCGGCCGUUCCACACCGCGCGUCUCUGGCAGACGAUCCGCGAGGUGUUCGUCGUCAUCCAGACCGAGUACAUCGAUGACGGCGAAGACGACGACGACGAAGACGACGCUCAGUCGGACUCGGAGAGCGAAGCACAGUCUGAGGGCGACGACGACGAAGAGGAGGCUCAGCCGCAACUGAAUCCGCAGGCGAGGCUGCAAGCCAAGAAUGCGAGCGAGACGUUUGCGCCUCUGCUGCGCAGCAAGGGGUUUGUGUGGCUCGCGACGCGGCCGAUCAUGUUUGGCGAGUGGUCGCAGGCGGGCAUCAUGCUCACGCUGCAGGGCGGUGCACGCUGGCGCUGCGAGCUGGGCGAAGAAAUGUGGCCGCACGAGCCCGAGAUCGUCGAGGCGAUCAAGCGCGACUUUCAAGAGCCGUGGGGCGACCGCAGGCAGGAGAUCGUCAUGAUCGGCAAAGACAUGCGCCACGGCGCCGAGCAGAGGCUCAGAACUGCACUCGAUGCGUGUCUGCUCACCGACGACGAGAUGCACCAGUGGACUGCAGUCAUGAAUGAUCCAAAGCUCGCCAGCAUCAACGAAAAGCAGGAGGCGCUGCAACAGCUCUUCGAGGACGGCUUCGAGGACUGGAUGGACCACGAGGAUCCCAACGCCCACGAAGGCCACCAUCACUAG